GUGGACAUGACCAGUGCUCGUCUCCUGUUCUCUGUGCUGAUUCCAGUUCUGCUGGAGGCAGUUGCUCCUCCACGUAGACCCAAUGUGGUAAUGGUGAUCUUCGACGAUCUGCGUCCAGUGUUGGGUGCGUAUGGAGAUCCGCUGGCCAGCACCCCGUAUCUGGAUGACUUCGCCCGGGGAAGUCAUGUGUUCACAAGGACCUAUAGCCAGCAAUCUCUGUGUGCUCCCAGUCGGAAUUCCCUGCUCACUGGUCGACGUCCGGAUACCCUGCAUCUGUACGAUUUCUACAGCUACUGGCGCACCUUCACCGGAAACUUUACGACUCUGCCGCAGUACUUCAAGGAGCACGGCUAUUACACCUACAGCUGCGGGAAGGUGUUCCAUCCUGGCCUGUCCUCGAACAACACGGAUGACUAUCCCCUGAGUUGGUCAGCUCCAGCUUUUCGUCCCCGAACCGAGCAGUUCAUGAAUUCUCCUGUGUGCCCGGAUAAGGAGGGCAUUCUCCGGAAGAAUCUCAUUUGUCCAGUGGAGCUGCAAACGCAGCCGUACAAGACCCUUCCGGACAUUGAGUCCGUGGCGGAGGCUUUGCGCUUUGUGGAAUCCCGGAAGGGUCAGAAUCGGCAACCGUUCUUCCUCGCCAUGGGAUUCCACAAGCCCCACAUAAACUUUCGGUUUCCGCGGCAGUUUCUUUCAAGGUUUCACCUCUCCCAGUUCUUCAAUUACACGGAGGACAGGCUGAAACCACCGGAUAUGCCAGCGGUGGCCUGGAAUCCCUACACGGAUGUACGGGCCAGGGAUGACUUCAAGCACUCCAAUAUAUCCUUUCCCUAUGGACCGAUUUCCCGACACCAGGCUGCCCAAAUACGACAAGGAUAUUACGCCUCGGUGGCCUAUGUGGAUGAUCUGUUUGGCAAGUUGAUCGGAGGAUUGGAUCUGGAUGAUACGGUGGUGGUGGUGCUGGGGGAUCAUGGCUGGUCGUUGGGUGAACAUGCCGAAUGGGCCAAGUACAGCAACUUCGAGGUGGCCCUCAGGGUUCCGCUGAUCAUAAGGAGUCCGCAGUUUCCGCUCACCCAAACGAAGUACCAUCAUGGGAUCACCGAACUUCUCGAUGUCUUCCCCACUUUGGUGGAUCUGGUUGGACUGCCUAAGUUACCCACCUGUCAGGACUCCCAGGAGUUGACCUGUGGCGAGGGCAAGAGUCUGUACUACCAGCUAUUGGGUUUGGGCAGGGCGGAUGAGCAUGUGGCUCUCAGCCAGUAUCCUCGACCAGGAAUGUUGCCUACAAAACACCCGAACAGCGAUAAGCCCAAGUUGCGGAAUAUCAAAAUCAUGGGAUAUAGCCUUAGAACUGAUAUAUAUAGGUAUACCUUGUGGGUUAGAUUCCACGCCCAAAACUUUAGCAAAGACUGGAACGAUGUUUAUGGCGAGGAGCUGUACGACCACCGACUGGAUUCUGGGGAGGAGCUGAACCUGGUGCCCCUUCCCGAGUUCGAUGAUGUGCGCCAGCGACUGCGCCGGCGUUUGAUGGAGGUCGUGGGCAGCUAGUGAGGAUCGGAGAUCUCUCCCCCGCAAUCCCUCUGAUUUUGAAUAAAUUCAUAAGCAAUAAAGGCAGCGCGACAAACGAUCUCGAGACGGCGAAA